AUGGACGGGGCGGACGUGUGGGCCAGCACCUUAGCCCAGCUGAUGGCCAAGAGGAAACCCCAGGACACUUGGGAGCUGCUGCCUGAGGAGAACCUGGCCUCGGGGCACAUGGACAGCAGUGGUUUCCAGUACCGGCUGCGAGGGCUUUCGAGGCUCCAGUGUGGCCGCUGCCAGUGGGGCUGGUCCUCGGCCCACGUGCACAUCCUCUUCCACAUGUGGUGGGACGAGGACAGCCGGCUGGGGCUGGUGAAGAUGCGUAUCUGGGGCCAGCGGUGCAGGCUGUGCCCGCCGGGCACGCAGGGAGACUGCCACGUGAGCCUCCUGAACGUCAGGCUCUUCCUCAGCAAGCUGGUCCUGUUCAUCCUGCAGGAGUGCUACCGGGAGGGCCUCAGCUCUGACCAGUGCCCCGAGAUCUGCUUCGGCGAGCGCUGCGAGGCCUGCGACCUGGGGGUCUGCUUCUUCCAGAAGCCCCCAGACCCUGCCUGGGGGCCCGAGGUCAAGAGCCCCAGCACCAUCAAGGGCAGGUACACCUUGUUCACCAGCAGCAACACAGCUGCCAUUGCCUCUGGGAAGCAGCUGCUCACGCUGAGCAGUGGCCCUGUGGUGGACCGCUCCCGGGGCUACACCCCCAACUCCAUCAGCAUCCCCCUCUCCGUGUCCGACUUCAUCAGGAACCCCCUCUCCGAGAGCAGCAACUUCUUCAGGGAGGAUGACGACAUCGUCACUGUCCCCUUCUCCCUGGUGGGUGUGGGCAGGGACAAGGGGCCUGUCACUGAUGCCAAGGGCCGUGUUCGCCCCGGAGAGGGCUCCCCGGCUGCGGCCGACCCCAGAGGGCCGCUCAUCAUUGGCAAGGGCUCCAUCUACCUGCCCGCCCUGUCCGCAGCCACGCCCAAGGGCAGAGGCAUCCCGGUGAACAUGAGGGGCCCCGUCUUCCACGGAAGAGGCCUCCUCAUCAGCAGCAUCAAGCCCUUCGAGCUCAAAGGGUUCAUUUUCAAAGGCCGGGGCCGCCUCUCCAGCCCUGUUGGUGUCGACGAGGGCCAGGGCCCCGUGUCUGGCAGCGAGGGCCCCACCGCUGCUGAAAAUAACUCACGGCUGGUGUCCUACAUCUUUGGCCUCAUGGAUGAUGGAGAAGGCUCCAUCACCUUCCCCCUGUCCUUGAUCGACAUCGUCCGAAGUGAAGCCCCCUUCAGCGACAUUGAUGGCUGUGUCAGCUUCCCCUUCAUCUUUACUGACCUGGGCAAAGGCAAGGGUUCUUCCGCUGACAUCCCCAAGGGUGAAGGGAAGGAAGAUGGUGACAAGGGCCCCAUCACCGCUGCUCGUGAGCCCCUCAUGGUGACCACUGCCCGUGUCCCUGUCUCCAUUAGCCGGGGCUCCAUCACCGUUCCCUUCUCAGUCUUCAGGAUCAUAGAACGCAUAAGCCACGGCUACAUGGCUAGUGGCCCCCAAAGCAAUGGCCUUGCCGCCCGGGGCUACUCCAAGCGCAGGAGGCUGCCACGGCCCCGGCUCGGCAAGUAUGGCUCUGGGUCCAGUGAGGAUGAGGACUUCUGCUGUGGAGACAGCUGCUGCCGUCCACGUUUUGAUCCCUACGAAGAAGUCUGGAUCUGGGCUUCCAUGACCGUCUGCAUCCUCUGGAUCAUGUACCUGUAUAAGUUCAGCCCUGACAACUUCCAGCCACGAAUGUGA